GCUGGAGGUUGCAUAACAGGUCAUAUUGUGUUUAUUUUGGCUUAAUGAGGAAGUGUUUUUCAACAAUUCCCUUCUUCAUCGUCCAUUCUUUCUCAACUGGUAGCGUUUGAAGGCCAGGCCAGGGCUCAGACGUAUUUCCCCAACCUCGCCUCUCACCUCAUUGUCACAUUGCCCUCCUUGACUCGACUUCACGAUGCCUGACCUCAACUCUGUGCCGCCGUCUCCCCAUAUCCUGCCACCGGCUUCGCGGAGAGCAUCAUCACAGCAAAUGCCUCCACCGCCUGUACCCAGCUCACCAUCCCUCAACGUUCUGCCCUCAAACCAGAACGCCGUAGGCCAUGGAGGAUACCCUUCAUCCCUGCCGGCCCCUCAGAUCUCCCCUGGCAUCCAUCUCGGACACCCGCAGCCUGCCAACUUUGGUACGACACCUGGCCCUGGCCCAAUCCGGCACCCACGUCCGUUGACCGCGGCCGACCUCCACCUCCAGCUGGAGAAGGAGCAGGAAGCAGUUGUCAACCGCUUAAGCCGUGAACUCUCCCUCCUACGCGCAGCCCAAAACUCCUCCGUCGUAUCCGACACCUCGUCCACAUCUGCCACUGCAUCAGGGCCCGAAUCCGUCCACGUUUCGGACCAACACCUGAACGCGAGUUCUGGAUUCUCUCAUCCACUAACCAGUGGCCGUCGGCAUCAUCGUACGUCAUCCAGUACCAGCGCGCGGAGCUUGACCGCAAAUGCCGGAUCUAUUUCCACAAGUUCCCUUGCUGGCAUCUCCUCUCCGGCUCCUAUCAGGCCAGGCAACCCAGCCGGCGGUAUCAGCCUUAGCCGGCAGAAUAGCGCUGCGUCGCGACGAAGCCGGGCGGGCUCGCCGGGCCCGCACGCCGGUUCCACAUCGUCCUUGCAACAGCACCACGCAUUCACACACCCCCAUGCGAGCGACCCGAAUGUCCCUUCGUACUUUGGCCACCGCACCAGCGGCCAUGCGCCGCCGUCUAUGCCUCUGGCGACGCCGGGGUCCGCCGGCGCCAUCAGCGCCUCGGAGCUGUCGCCCGGCAUCCUCCCCGCCACGCUGCGGUACGAGGAGACGGCCUUCUACCGCGCGGAGCUCGAGAGCGUCAAGCGCGAGAACGACGCCCUGAAGCGCCGCGUGCGCGAACUCGAGCGCGUGGUCCGCGACCGCCGCGCCAGCGACGCCAGCCGCCAGAGCCAAGGCCCUGACCGGGCGCGCAGCGAGAGCGUCAGCACGGUGGCGAGCGUGAGCGUGGCGGCGAGCGCGACGGGCGCGGUGGCCGGAUCGGGCAUCGCGGCGCAGAGGGAGGGCAGGGAGAGGCCGAGGGUGGCGAGCAUCCUCGGCGUCCCUGGGGAAGAGGUGCGAGUCGGAGAGAGCGCGGCGAGCGCGGGGCUGGGGACUCGGGAGAGGGAGUGACGCAGAUAAUCCCAGAAAACUUCCUACCUAUCUGGGACCGACUUGAACUUUUGAAGCCAUGUCCCACCCCUGGUUGUGUUCAGGGGGGAUUUGCUUGCACGACGGAAGGGAAACGACGCUCAUUACCUCGAAGCAUUUGGCGUUCCGGAUUUCUCUGCCUCAGGGGACAUUACCCCGAUGGCCAUAAUACCACUUAUAGGAUUGUUUGCUUUGCUGGAGUCUUGGGAGCCUGGCCUGCUUUUAUAGUACCUGUUGCUCUGAUACUAUAGCCAUGACGGCUUUACACCAGAUAAGAAGGAAAACAAGUGAAGGUCU